AUGUUCACUUGUCACAUAAACUAUUCAGAGGCAGACCCAUACAUGCAGGGUAUACCCAAACGAGUCACCAUUCUCAGAGAGCCGACUGCUAGAUUGGAAUCGCUCAUGUCCGCGUUUCCAUGGCAACGAGAGCCUGUCAUGGAAAGCUUACACCGUUUCAUGGAAGAUCCGACGAGGUUUGAAAAUGGUGGCACACACCACUCCAGAAAUCAAAUGAUGAGGGAUUUAGGUUUGACUUUAAAAGAAACGUCCGAUGACGUCAUUGUAAAAAACAGGAUAAACACUCUCAGUAAAGAUCUAGAUUUAGUGCUCAUCACAGAAUAUUUUGACGAAUCCCUUAUUUUGAUGAAGCACGUGUUAUGUUGGGAAACUGAAAACAUUCUUUACUUUGCCAAAAACCAGCAUGCACAUCGGAAUGAAAUAGCACCGGCUCUAGAGGGCCAGGUUCGACUGUGGUCAAGAGCAGAUUACUUACUCUAUGAACACUUUAACGCAACGUUGUGGGACAAGAUUCGUGAAUUCGGGCCAACUUUCUAUGACGAAUUAAAGGAGUUACGAGAAAUGCUUUUAGAAGCCCACGACCAAUGUGUGACUUCGACUACAACUAACAAUGCUGUUUCCCAGAAAGUGAAGUUGAAAGGAGACGGAAAAUCUCCAUUUUGUAAUAAUUUAUUACGAGACGUUUCGGCGUGGUUUCAUUGUAUUGCAAAUCGACAAAGUAACAUCCCUAAAGAAUGUUAG